UACUAAAAACAUCGGACGCUAGGGGAUCAAGACGCAUGCCACAUUGCCUCUAUGUGGGCACCUUAACAGAUCUUUCGGGGUUUUUUUUCCCAGUAAGGGGGCUGUGGAGGGAGGACUUUUUUUUUAUUCUCAAUGUCUGACUGUUUGCACGGCUGAUUAUUGAGCUGAUUGUUUAUUAUUUUGGCUGUUGUUGCUCGCCGCCCUGCGCGCUUUUCUUCCUCCCUCUUUUGGAAUCGGCGACCUAUACCGUGCUAACCAAUGUCCUAUCCUCAGGGUUACCUCUACCAGCCCCCGGGCUCACUGGCUCUUUAUUCGUGUCCGGCUUACGGGGCCUCGGCUCUGGCUGCCCCGCGUAAUGAAGACUUGGCGAGGUCGUCCUCUGGCUCAGCCUUCAGCCCUUAUCCUGGAUCGGCUGCUUUCUCCGCCUCGGCCGGUGCAGGCUUCUCCAGUCCACUGUCAUACUCAACGGAUCCAACUACGGGAUUCCCAACCUAUAUGAGCUCCCCAUACGAUGCGCACACGACAGGAAUGGCUGGAGCAUUAAGUUACCACCCAUACGGGAGUCCAGGGUACCCCUACCAACUCAACGACCCGGCUUACCGCAAAAACGCCACCAGGGACGCCACGGCCACCCUGAAGGCCUGGCUGCAGGAACACAGGAAGAACCCGUACCCGACGAAAGGGGAGAAGAUCAUGUUGGCUAUUAUUACCAAGAUGACCCUGACGCAGGUCUCCACGUGGUUCGCCAAUGCCAGGCGGAGGCUCAAGAAGGAGAACAAGAUGACCUGGGCGCCCAGGAAUAAGAGUGAAGACGAGGAUGAGGAGGACGGGGACGGGGAAAGGAAAGAGGUGGAGCGCUCUGAGAAAACCUUGGAUAACAGCGAGGCUUCAGCGGAGGAUGAAGGUAUCAGCUUGCAUGUGGACACCCUGACGGACCACUCCUGCUCGGCAGAGUCUGAUGGGGAGAAGGCCACCUGUCGUGUGGGAGACCUGGGCUCUGACCAAGCUGGAGAGAAAUGCGACGAAGACGGCGAGGACCAGAACCAUGACGCACGGGUUCAGCUUUCGCCCAAACCUGUUACGUCGUCGCCUCUAACAGGAGUAGAAGCGCCAGUCCUCAGUCAUCACCAACACCAUCACCACCACCACCACCUCCACCAUCUCCACCACUUCCACAGCCAGCGUGAGGAUUUGGCCCGGAGCCUCGUCAGUAGCAACAAUAUUAACAGCAGUAAAUCGUCUUCAUGCCUUGAUAGCAGACCUUCUUCUGGAGCGCCUCAGAACCCGACAGUCAAACCCAAAUUAUGGUCGCUGGCGGAGAUUGCUACCUCGGACCAAAAGCAACAAAACCAACUGGGGCAGCCUGGGCAAACAAAUUGCCCCUCCUCCAGCGGUGGCCUCCUCACUCCCCCUACGCCUUCCGCCACCUCCCCGGGUGCCAGUUCCCCCUCCCUCUACCCGGCCCCCUCCAUCCUUGGAAGACCUAUUUAUUACACUUCUCCCUUUUAUAGCAGUUACACAAACUAUGGCAACUUCAGCCCCCUGCAGGGCCAAGGGAUCCUGCGGUACACUAAUUCAUCUGGAGUGAGUCUGGCCGCUGCCGCCGCCGCCGCCGCUGCUGCUGCUGCAAACGACGGUCUGAGCUCCUCUCACCAGGCUCUGGAGGCGAGCACAAACCCCAAACACAGGCCAGACUCUCCCCUCGUUAAAAAUAACCAAAACCAGAUUGUUGCUGUCGAGCAACAGCAGCAACAGCACUUCAGGCCCGCAAAUUUAGAAGCAAAGAAAGGUACGUAAUAGGUCUAUCAUUAGGCGGUGACCUGCUACUAAAACGAUCACAAUUUUGAAAACGUAUUUAUUCUAGUGCUGAAUCCUAAAGUCGCAUUUUCCUUAAACAACAGAUGGAAAACGUUUCACGGUGGAAGUAGAACGAGUUUACUUGUUUCAAAUGCAAAUGAGCUUUUGCCCCCACUGGAUGACCUUGCUGCUUUUGAUUUGGUCCAAGAAAAAUAAGGCUUUCCCGAGCAACCUUGAGUGAGAAACACGUGGGAUAGUCUGACACGAUUUGCAGAUUUUCACUUGCUUUAAGAUAAAUACGAUUUUAGUUCCCAAUGUGAGACGAAAUGCCUACUUAAGAUGGAACUUGUUACACCGCAGUCUAAGCAAAUGAGCGUGUACUCUGGUCUAUAAUUCGUUUUCAAUGCAGUUCAUUCCCAGAAAUAAUCGAUUUGUAGUUGCUCUCAUUUAAAAAAAAACAACUAUAUACAUAAUUUGGUUUGUCUGAAUGUAACAAUCAAGUAAGUGAUGACGGGAUUUAAAUUGGCUCGCUCUGGAAACCAGUAGGGCCAUAAUGAUACAAACCUACUGCAAACAAAUGUGCAAGAGGACACCCACAGACAGACAUUAAAAUAAGACCACGGAGGACAGGUUUCAACCACGCGCACAGACAUGCACGUACACACACAAUGGCAGCGUGUGAAUCCAAUAACCAGAGAAAUGUUGCCAUAGCUUUGAGCAGGAAUCCUAUUUUUACUGUUUCCUCUGAUAUGUGUGCAUGUGUGCACAGUGUGCCCCAAACCUUAUCUUUCAGCUUAGGAUAAUUAUAAUUUCACAGGAUCAGCCAAAAGCAAACAAAUCAGUUAGUCUGCUCUGCAUUCAGCGUGCAACUUUACAUCUUCAAAUUUCAUUUAGGUGGUCGUGGUGGUUACUUUCCUUACGCAGUUCAAAGCUUUGACUGCACGAAGUUUUUUUUUAAUACUGGCAAUUAUUAGGCAGGGGGAACUUUAAUAAGCACUUGCAGUACAGAGCUGUUUUAGUUGAACCCAUACUGGCAUACUUUUUUCUGCUGUUGUGGAGGGAGUUGAUCAUUUUAACGUGUGGGAUUUUUAUUUCCAUGGUCUGCAGGUAGGUGUCACAAUUGCUUUGACCAUAAAGCGAGAAAGGACACCACCUUUUAGCCUCAUGUUUUAACCCCAUAACCUUUACACCAAACCGGAUCUAGUGCCACCAUAUAGUCAGAAUCAAAGCUGCUACCGCUUCCUAAGCUACACACAGGCUGAGAUACUCUCCAGCACACAUUUGUGAGAUUAUCACUGCAUUGUUUCACUUGUUUUGUUUGGAUGCAUUGUGGAUAAUAAUUUUAAGGUUUGAAAAAAUAUCUCCCAUUAUAUGUGAUUUACAUGUUGUUUCUCAGGUUAGUUUGCUUAUUUGCCAUGGCAUAUGAUUUUAGUUUAUAUUUACGCGUGGAAACAUAAUUUGGCCUUUCUGUGAAACCGUAUUUGUAAAAGGAGGUGUCUUGAGACGCAAGACGGACAGAACUGGAGUGAACUUGAGGACUUCAAAGUGGAAUAGCCUACAUUUGAUAUUUAUUUUUUUAAAUGAUAGCGCAACGAUGCCUAUAAUUUAUGCAAGUUGUAUUGCAAAAAAUAU